AUCCAGACGCCGAAUCACAUGAGCGAAGAUCUGUUUACAAACUGAGCAGGAGAGAAGUCACUGGCACCAUUACGUGGAGGCAGAGUUGGCGUAUUGUGCAACAGAAAACACAUAAGACGUUUUGGAGAAUGUGUUGUAGUCUCUAUAUUUUUGGAGCUGAGAUGCCAAGGCAGAUGGUGUGAAGAAGACACAGCCCGAUGCCUCUCACAGCUUGAAUGGGGUACAACCUCACGCUCUGACGGCUGUGUGCCACAGCUCAUCUUUUCCUUUGUUACCGGGGAAAGCGUCUGAUAGGGAUCAUCUUGAGAGGAGACACAGGAAAACAAGCUGACUGGAGGAAAGUGGUUGGCGGCAGCAGAGGAAGGGAUGCCUGUGUGAUCCUGACUUACAGACAACAGACAGGUUCUGCAUAUUGACCAUGGAUGUCAGCAGUCCUCUUGCACUCAAUGUUUAUGACAUCAUUCUUGGGAUAGGCCUCUUCAUCUUCAUGUUGAGCAUGAUCUUCUGUUGUUACCUGCUCAGAUUGAGGCGUCAAAGCACACAGGAACAAUUUGGAUAUAAUGAGGUUGUUCUUAAAGGGCCAGGAAAAAAGUUGAGCCUUCUUGGACAGACCUGUGCUGUCUGCCUGGAGGAGUUUCGGAGUCGGGAUGAACUGGGUGUUUGCCCUUGUUCUCAUGCUUUUCACAAGAAGUGUCUGGUGAAGUGGCUAGAAAUUCGCAGUGUCUGUCCCAUGUGCAACAAACCCAUCUGCAGGCUCCAGCCAGACUCUCCACAGGGGGCUGAAGGGCCUCAAAACCCCCUGGAGGUGUAACAGAAAAUAAACGUUGCUGAUCAGACAUACCCAGGCUUUAGAUGUGUGCCUCACACACCCACGAACAGAAUUUUAAUAACCACCAUGGAAAUGGCAAAUAGCUGACGUAUUCUUAUUCGCCAAAAAACUGGCCCUAUUCACCAAUUUUAAGAUUUUCAGACCGGGAAGGUAGGGGGAUGUGUAGGCUAUUAGUGGAACUAAAGUGAUGUAUGGUAUUUUUGGAGAUAAUGUAGCUUGCAGCAAUACAGAUUGAUACCUUGGACUCACCCAGAAGAGAUGUUUUUAAAGACAAAUAUUCAGAAUCAGUCCUGUGUACAUUACGUAGGCAAUGACGUUCAAUUUAAGAGUGGUAUGGGCCACUGAUACUGUAUAUAACAAUAAAAAGUCCCUAUAAGAGUCCAACUUAGGAAUGCUUAUAGAUUUCAGGUUAUGAAGAGUUCACUGACUUGAGCCUUAGGGAUCUCUGAUCUCAUAAAUCUUUCUCCUGCCAACAUUUUGACAUUUGAGCUCAUAAAUCCACUUGACAGCUUAUGGCCUUGCCGAGAACCCACACUAUUGUACAGAAUAUUAGGAAUACCAAUUUGGGAUGAAAUGGAAAUUGGGUUUUAUUUAUUUAAAGUAGUUGUUUUGUACUAUAUACAUGGUCAAUAAAAUGUUUUUGUGAUGGA